CGAAAUAAGCCUGCAGGAGGACCAGCCGUGAGAAGCAGAGCCCGGCGGUUUGACAUAAAGGUGAGCGGGCGGGUAAUGAGAAUGAACCUCAACGUUCAACAACGCGCAUCCGCAAUCCAUCCCUUUGCGCUGCCGAUGUGAUGACUGGUGCUGCCCUCUAUGCGGCCGAUGUCGACCUAAACAAUGAAAACUUUGUCGUGCUCAAGCGUUCUCCUGAAGAGAAGGAGGAGGAAGAACUUAGCAAGUUGGUGAAGCAGAAGAAAAAAGGCAAAGCGACAAAGAAGGAGAAAGAUAAUGUCGUUUCGUUGUUCGAGUUUUUGGGUUCGGAGUAUAAGCAUGAAAUUCCAUUAUCCUGGGAGACGGGUGAUGGUGAUACACAUAACAGAUUCGAUACCGAACCAUUCCGCAUGCCCGAGCAUUUGCGCAACGACAUAGCCACAGUAGACAGUCUGUACCACGGGCAGGACCACCACAACAACAACAACAACAACGACGAUGACGAUGCUGAUUCACGGAUAAAAGCCAACCUGUGCUCGUCCAUAGAAGACUUUACUCCAAGGCUUCAUGACCGUUGCAGCAGUAUCAGGUCCUAUUCUUAUGGAAGAGAUAUUGAAUUUUCCUGUGGAAGUUAAAGCCGUAGUA